AUGCUCUCAAACACAACUUCGAUAGCCGAAGCAUGGGCGAGACUGGACCAUAAGUUCGAUCUGAUGUACGCAAAACGUGCCUUUGUACAUUGGUAUGUUGGCGAAGGUAUGGAAGAGGGUGAAUUUACUGAAGCGAGAGAGGAUUUAGCAGCCUUGGAAAGGGACUACGAGGAGGUGAGUCGUGAUUCUGCCGCUCUCGAAGGGGACGAGUUCUGA